CCUCGUUUCCGCCUUUUCCCGGUCCCUCUAGACCCGCUUUUUGCUAUCCCCUUCCAUCCUUCUCCGGUGGGGCGUCCCCGGGCAGAUUCCGACCAUGACUGAGCAGAUGACCCUUCGGGGGACCCUAAAGGGUCAUAAUGGUUGGGUUACCCAAAUAGCAACCACCCCGCAGUUCCCGGACAUGAUCCUCAGCUCUUCUCGGGACAAGACUGUCAUCAUGUGGAAGCUGACUCGUGACGAGACAAACUAUGGUGUUCCCCAGCGCGCCCUGCGUGGUCACUCCCACUUUGUCAGUGAUGUUGUCAUCUCAUCUGAUGGCCAGUUUGCACUGUCGGGAUCUUGGGAUGGAACUUUGCGUCUGUGGGACCUUACCACUGGAACCACCACAAGACGAUUUGUGGGUCACACCAAGGAUGUUCUGAGUGUGGCUUUCUCUGCGGACAACCGUCAGAUUGUCUCUGGGUCCCGGGAUAAAACCAUCAAGUUGUGGAACACUCUAGGAGUGUGCAAAUACACAGUCCAGGAGGAGUCUCAUUCAGAAUGGGUAUCCUGUGUCCGUUUCUCACCCAACAGCAGCAAUCCCAUCAUCGUAUCCUGUGGAUGGGACAAGAUGGUGAAGGUCUGGAAUUUGGCUAACUGCAAACUGAAGACCAACCACAUUGGCCACAGUGGCUUCCUGAACACUGUAACUGUGUCACCUGAUGGGUCUCUGUGUGCCUCUGGGGGCAAGGAUGGACAAGCCAUGCUGUGGGAUUUGAACGAGGGGAAACACUUGUACACACUCGAUAGUGGAGACAUCAUUAAUGCCCUCUGUUUCAGCCCUAACCGUUACUGGCUGUGUGCUGCCACUGGGCCAAGCAUCAAAAUCUGGGAUCUUGAGGGUAAGAUCAUUGUAGAUGAACUGAAACAGGAAGUGAUCAGUACAAGCAGCAAAGCUGAGCCACCACAAUGUACUUCUCUGGCCUGGUCAGCGGACGGACAGACACUCUUCGCUGGCUACACAGACAACCUGAUCAGAGUCUGGCAAGUGACAAUUGGAACACGCUAAGACUUAUCUGAAUUGAACAAGAAGACAUUUUUGUUUAAAGGCACCAGCUUGAUACUGCGUUUCCAGUAGAGUCUUCUCUUGUAAUAUCAACCUGUGACUCUAAUAAAAUAAAAAAAGUUGCUAUAAAA